GAUUUUGUGGGGGCGUUGAAAAAACGAACGUAUAAGUGGUUGCGUAGGCGUUUCAAAAAAGUUUGCGUGGGUGAUCGUAUAGGAGUUGCAAAAGACUGUGUAGGUGGUCGUGUAAACGUUAAAAAAAGAAUGUGCAGGUGCUUGCAUAGGAAUCGAAAG